CAACAAAGGUGGGUGUUAACUAUUGGAAGAGAGGUGAUGUGUUAAGAGGGAUUCAGAAAUGUGGUCCAUUCAGUGUGAGAGAAGGCAUCACCCAUUUGCUAUGAUCCUUUGAGUUGCUUAUUGAUGAGGCAGCCUCAGUCUAAGGUCAACAUUUAUUGGUUUUCUGGAGCCCCUUUCUGUGAAAUUCUCAUCUUCAAACAGGCUUUACCAAAUACUCUUGUUAUGCAAAAUUAGACCCCAUAUAAAUAAGAUUGAAGGGGGAAACAAAACACUGUUCCUUCCAUCCUUUUUUCCAUCUUCCCCUUUGUUUCAGCCAAACAUAGAUGCAUAACAUAUUCCAUGUGAAAAAAAAAAGAAUAACAUUAAUACUUCCUAAAGGAUGGUGGUGAAAAUUCAAUAAAUCAGCAUUUCAUAAUUAUUCACACACAGUAAACACUCAAAAAGUAGUAGCUUUUGUUACUGCUGGAAGUCAUAUCUCCUAGGUUCGCUCCUAUCUCACCCAAAUCUACCUCUACUUUUCUCUUGACAUUUUACAUUUUACCAUGCAUUAUGUUCAUCAAUUUAUGCAAAUCAUCCACUUUUGCUAGGCUGUAACCACUUUGGCAAUGUGAUCUCAUUUGUUCGUAUACAUUCGAACAUUGCAAUAAAUGUUCACUUUCUAAGUGUAAGGUGGAGUAAAUAGUAAUUAUAAAAUUUCCUGAGAAUGAUCAAUAACAGCUUAUAAAAUAUAGGCGUUAUUCUAAAGAUGUGUACAUAGCUACCUGCUGUGUGAUGCCUCUACUCUCUUGGCUUUGAAUCACAAAGGGAAAGAGGCGGAGGAGAGUGAGGUUGAUACUGUGUAUGCACCACCUCUCAGAAGUGGGUCGCUGUCUUCACUCUCUCCCCCACAUUCAAGCAAGGAUCACAUCAGUUAUGCAAAAUGAAUAAGUUUUAGAGAAUUGCUGUACAGCUCUAUGGCUAUACUGUAUUGUGCACCCAAAAAUUUGUUAAGAGGGUAGCUCUCGUGUUUAAGUGUUUUUAUCACAAUAAAAGGAAUUAAAAAUAUUCUUUGAGAUUUGGAUUUACAUAUGGUUUCAAUGUGUUUCCCAAUAGUAAAUUUUAAAUAUUUUAAAAUACUUAUUAAGCAAAUAAUCUGAUUAGUAUAAGGUAAUCACUAUGACAAGUUACAUACAUGGAACAAUAGGUUGCAAUUUUAAGAAAUUCAACACAACACAGCCAACAGCAAGGAAACUGACCCAUGUGACAUCAACGUCGCAAUGAGAAACAGAGUGAUAUCUUUUUUUUUAGCAAGACAAAACCCUGUUGAAGUGAAACACAGAGUUUGCUCAUAUGAAUAUUAAACUUGUAGACUAUGACUCUACAGUGCCUGGAACCAUGUUUUACUAAUCUUUGUAUUUAUGCUUCAGACAGUUCCUGACAUUCAAUCAAUUUGUGAGUAAUACAUAAAAAAUAAUACAGUUUACAAAUGAAAAUAAACUAAUUAACUAAAAUGUGCAAUGUAAACAUCACUUCUUAACAUAAAUGCUUAUUCUCUUCAAAAAUAGUUUUAUAGGUAAAGAAAUAUUGAAUGACUUUUCAUGUUAUAUUUUGAUUUGAUAACCAAACUGAUUGAAAUCUUAAAAAUUUGGACAACUCAACAAAUUGCAAACACCACAAUCACAUGAAGAAGAUUCUGAAUUUCAUUCUUAGUGCUUAGGAAGAAAACGAAAUAAAGAGCCAAGUCUUUUCAAAUGAAAUAGCUUGAAACAAAAGUGAGACAAAGAAAAUGACUCAAUGGAGCUGAAAAACUGUACCAGGGUCAAAGAAUUUAUUUUCCUUGGCCUAACUCAGAAUCAAGAACUGAACUGGGUCUUAUUCCUUUUCCUGCUUUGGGUGUAUGUGACAACUCUGCUGGGAAAUCUCCUCAUCAUGGUCACGGUGACCUGUGAAUCUCGCCUUCACACCCCCCUGUAUUUUUUGCUCCGGAAUUUGUCUAUUGCCGACAUCUGCUUUUCCUCCAUCACAGCUCCCAAGGUUCUGGUGGACCUUCUGUCAGAGAGAAAGACCAUCUCCUUCAAUGGCUGCUUCACUCAGAUAUUUUUCUUCCACCUCAUUGGAGGGGUGGAUGUAUUUUCUUUGUCAGUGAUGGCAUUAGAUCGGUAUGUGGCCAUCUCCAAGCCCCUGCACCACGUGACCAUCAUGAGUAGAGGCCGUUGCAUUGGGUUAAUAGUGGCCUCGUGGGUGGGGGGCUUUGUCCACUCCAUCGUGCAGAUUGCCCUUUUGCUGCCCCUCCCCUUCUGUGGACCCAAUGUUCUUGACACUUUCUACUGUGAUGUCCCCCAGGUCCUCAAACUUGCCUGUACUGACAUUUUUAUGCUUGAGCUGCUGAUGAUUUCCAAUACUGGACUGCUCACCACAUUGUGGUUUAUCUUCCUGCUUGUGUCCUACACAGUCAUCCUAAUGAUGCUGAGGUCUCAGGCAGGGGAGGGCAAGAGGAAAGCCAUCUCCACCUGCACCGCACACAUCACUGUGGUGACCCUGCACUUUGUGCCCUGCAUCUAUGUCUAUGCCCGGCCCUUCACUGCCCUCCCCACAGAUAAGCCCAUCUCCGUCACCCUCACUGUCAUCCCGCCUCUGCUUAACCCUUUAAUCUACACUCUGAGGAACCAGGAGAUGAUGUCAGCCAUGAGGAGACUGAAGAGAAGAUUUGUGCCUUCUGAUGAGAGAUAGACUGGUUGCUCACUCCUCCUCACCACCUUUGAAAAUGUUUGUCCAUCAAGUAAACUGUAUUGCGUAAAGGAUUUCUAAAUAAUUUUGAUAUUUCUACCAAGAUAACACAUGACUUUCGAAGAUUCUGAUCAGCAUGCAAUAAUAAUGUGAAAAGAUAGGUUUCAUGUUAUGAAAGAAAGUAGAGAAAUCAAAUUGUUAGCUGGAGAGGUGUUUAUUGCUUCUUCAAUACAGUCUUGGAAGAACUAAAGAAAUCAGAAUCGAAAUACACUCAGACAAUUUUAUCACAUUGGAAUUGUUCUGGGGCUUAUUCUUCCAGCUCUAUUGUAGUGUAUUUGACAAAUAAACAAUGGCAUAUAUAUAUAAGUACAACAAUAUUUUGAUAUACGUAUAGACUGUGAAAUGAUCACUGGGGGAAACAGAUUAACUUGCGAUCUGUCUCUCUGUUCUUUCUCUUUUUUUUUUUUUGAGGAAGAUUAGCUCUGAGCCAACAGCU